AUGACGGUCAAAAGAUCCGCCAAAAAAGCCGUCCUGUGCUUCCAUGGCACGGGCGCGAAGGGAUCCAUAUUCAACGUGCAGAUGGCACGGAUCUGUCACCAGCUACGCGACACGUUUGACUUCAUCUUCCUCGAAGGCCCGCGCGAGUGUCCCCCCGGCCCCGGCGUGCUGCCCAUGUUCGCCGGCCAGGAACCCUACCGCGGCUGGUUCGGCGGCCACGACGUCACCAUCGACGACAGUAUCCGCGAGCUCAGCGGCGCCGUGCAGCAAGGGUUGGACGACUGGAGGCAAUCCCAUCCGGAUGCCAACGUGGACGACAUCGUCGGCGCCAUCGGAUUCUCCGAGGGCGGACUCGCGCUGGCUCUGAUGCUCUGGCUUCAGCAGGAGCAGAAACAUCAGCAGAAACAACCCGAAGACUCCUCCAACGGACCACUACUCCCCUCCGUACUCCCACCGCUCCGAUUUGCCGUGGUCAGCUGCUGCUUUUUCCCGCGCGAGGCGUCGGUGUGGUUGAACGCGCGCGCCGCCCAGCCCCAGGAGAAGCAAACCACCACCACUGCCACUACCGCCUUCAUCGACGUGCCGACCCUGCACAUCCACGGCAACCGCGACUUCUGCCUCGGCCGCGCACGCCAGCUGGUGCGGAACCACUACCGGCCCGAGUACGCCACCGUCGUCCAGGUUGACGCCAGCCAUCACAUGCCCACCAAGAAAGACGACGUCGACGAGGUCGUCAGGCAUAUCCGGAGAUUGGCGGGCGUAGGGGAAGUCGGCGUUUAA